AUGUCUUCCCCACUCCCCCUCCUCCGUCUUCCUGGAGUGGUCCUGUGCGAGAUAUUCAAGUCAUUGAGUGUCGAAGAAAAAUUCAAGCUCUCCCUCUGCUCCAAGAAAAUCUCUAUUCAAAUCAAUAUAGCUCGUUUGUACUCUCAAAAAGUUAUAGUCGAUCUGGACUGGUCAGGUCACAAUAUCAGAGUUUCCUCCAAAAAUUACAGAGAUUCAUUCAUUAUCUCCAUUUAUCAUGAUUUCUGGAAACGUCACAAUUUUCUAUCCGCUAUUGAACAUUUAUUGAAGAUGUUUCAAUGCAAGAUUUCAAUUACUAUUGAUCACCAUAAUAGUGAUUUAUAUCAACCAACAAUUUCAAUGUUGUUUGAUCUGCAAGUGGAAUUCAAGAUGCUCUCUAUUGUACUUAAUGGAUCAAAAGAUCGAAUCUUGUUGUGGAAUCAGAUAUCUAAAAAACUUGAACUGGUCGAGGAUCUUGUAAUCUUUUCCGGUAGGAAUCGUUUCACACCAGUUUUCGCUUCAUGGCCACAGAAUAUUAAUAUCUUUAGUUUCGUUGUGUUCACUCUUGAAUCUCUUUUGGAAUGCAAUUGCACUAGAAUUACACUCUACUGGUCUCAUUUGGGAAACAAAGAUUUGGAAGUGAUACUCAAUAAUUGGAAGACUGGAAAGUUACCGAAUUUAACAUUUCUGCGCGUCGAUAGCGAGCUCGCAGAUAAUGGAGCGACAAUUUUGGAUAUGAACUUCAGGGAAUUAAACGGGAAGGUUAUCCAAUCUGAUGAUAGAACAAAGAAGGCAACUAUUAGAAUUGGUUACGGUAAAAUUGAAAUGCGUGUGACUCCUAUCAAAUAA